GCAGCUGCAACUGCUCCGAGCCCCAAGCACACGCCCCUGGGAGGAGGCGCGGGCUGCGGCCAAAGGCGUUGCAAGCAAGCUGGCAAAUGAGGAGCUGUACGAUCUUGUUCGAGGCAGCCAUUUCGCAUGGUAUGGCUCACCUGAUCCAGGGUACUAUGUGGGCAACACGCCGGCCAUCCCACGGUUCAAAAUCCCGGCCCUCAAGAUGCAGGAUGCCGCGCAGGGUUUCCGUGCAACGGAGGUUGGCACAGCCGGCACCACGACGUCUUUCCCAAGCAUGUUGGCUUUGGCUUCAACAUGGGAUGAGGAUAUGGUACGCUUGGUUGCAAGUGCCCUUGGUACAGAAUACAAGGGCAAGGGGGCCAACUGCAUUUUGGGGCCUUCUAUCAACGUGCACCGUGCUGCAGCUGGCGGUCGAAACUUUGAGUAUCUCUCGGGCGAGGACGGCCACCUUGGUGCGAAGUUGACAGCUGCAUAUGUCAAGGGCGUGCAGGACCAAGGCAUCAUCGCAACUGCCAAGCAUUUUGCGUUCAAUGAGCAGGAGACGAAUCGAAUGAGUAUGGAUGCCCGAGUGAGCGAACGCAGCCAGGAGGAGCUGUAUUACUUACCAUUCAGGGCAGCAGCAGAAGCUGGGAUUGGCGCCGUGAUGUGUGCGUACAACAAGGUGAACGGAACAUAUGCUUGCCAGAAUUCCGAAAUCCUGACUGCUGAUCUGCGCGGGAAAAUGGGCUUUUCUGGAUUUGUCAUGUCUGACUGGACUGCAAUGCACACGAAGGAUGCUCUGCAAGCAGGACUGGAUCAAGAGCAGCCCGGCAUGAUCAAGAAGGUGCCGGUGGUGGGCGAAGUGGGUGUGCUUGCGGAUUCCGUGAUCAAGACUUUGGAUAGGUCAGUGGUGGAGAAUGCAGCUGUCCAUGUCCUCACAGCCAUCUUCCGUUUACGACUUGAUCAAGACAUGGGAUGCACGCCUCCGAAUUGCACGCAGGAGUUGAUGUCUGACCAGACGAAAGCAACGACGCGCGGCGAGCGCCACGAGGACAUCGCUCUCCGUGCUGCGACGUCCUCCAUUGUUCUCUUGAAGAAUGGAAACAGCCUCUUGCCAUUGGACAAGGGCAAAGUUCACAGGAUCGCAGUCGUUGGGAAUGCUUCGGCCGACGAGACGCAUCGCACUUUUGUGGGCAAAGGCUCUGGCUUUGUACAACCAGAUUCGUCUGCGAAAACACCGCUGCAAGCUAUCGAGGAGAAAGCCGCCAAGGCAGGGAUGCAGGUCCUCAAACCCGAGGGUGCCAGCGUGGAGGAGGCGGCCUCUCUCGCUCAAUCAGUCGAUGUCGUGGUGGUCGUGGUUGGUACAGAAGCUCGCUCGGGGUGGGAGAUACCAGCCGCGUACCUGCACUGCCCGCGCCUGCAGACUGAAGCUGAAGAAUCCCUGCUCCCCAGAGGCGAAGCCAUGAUCAAAGCCGUGGCCGCUCAUGUGCCAACGAUUGUUCUUCUGCAGAUUCCUGGAGCAGUGCUCGCUCCCGGAUUGGCCUUGAGAUCCUUGCUGGCAUCAGUUGCUGCCCUGCCACAGUUGGCCAAGCUGUCCUGCCGGCUCCGGGCUCAUGCCAGGAACCAGCACCUGUGCUCCCUGCCCUGCUGGUACAUGGAGUCCUCCGAGCAGUGCCAACUGCAGUACAUGCAAUCCAGGGCGAUGGAGUGCCCAGGAGACGAGGGAACGAUAGCGGAUAGCAAGCCCCCACAAGAGGGUGCAGCAGAAGAAGAUGACUCUUGGCACAGCAGCUUUCGCGUGACGUUCGACAUAACUGGGCUUACGAUUGCAAGUGGAGCAGCCAGCAUGGUGCUGUCCUUGAGGCUGCAUGUCAAGACUGUCCGCACGGGCGUUGGAGUGGUGCGCUGGCAGCGAGUUCCUUCUCAGACUGCCAGCUUUGCCCGGCUGGAAGGUGGAGCCAUACAUGGGGCAGCACCAAUAGCUCCGUCUGUACCCUUUGUCCGGCAGGAACGUAUGGGCCACACCAGGGACAAUUUCAACAGAAUGCUUGCCGUCGUUGUCCGGCUGGCAGAUGGAGAUCAGAACCAG